ACAUGUUGAAAGGCGUUAGCUCGCAUUUUUAUAGUUACCCAAGUUUUAAAUGAAUAAAGUUGUAAAUAUAAAGUAUUAUAUUUGUAGGAAACGACAUGGGGCUUGUAAGACACGUCGUGUGCGCCAUGUCGGGUGGAGUUGACAGCUCUGUGGCAGCUCUACUAUUAAAGAGAAGAGGCUACAAUGUGACCGGGGUGUUCAUGAAGAAUUGGGACUCCCUGGAUGAGAGUGGAGUCUGCAGCACAGAGAGGGAUUGUGACGACGCCUACAGAGUGUGCCAGACUCUGGACAUCCCCUUCCACCAGGUGUCCUAUGUCAAAGAAUACUGGCACGACGUAUUUAGCAACCUGCUGAAGGAAUACGAAAAGGGCAGGACGCCAAACCCCGAUAUACUCUGCAACAAACACAUCAAAUUCAACCAUUUCCACAAGUACGCCAUCCACACUUUAGGUGCUGACGCCAUGGCAACAGGUCAUUACGCUAGGACAUCCCAGGAAGAUGAGGAAGUUUUCCAGCAGUCGCACACGACCCGACCCACCACACUGUUCAGGGAUCGAUUCGAGAUCAGAAAUCCCGUGAAGCUGUGCAAAGGAGCCGACCUGGCCAAAGACCAGACCUUCUUCCUCAGCCAGAUUUCGCAGGACGCCUUACGGCAAACCCUCUUCCCACUCGCCGGACUCACCAAGGAGUUUGUGAAAAAGAUGGCUGCUGAAGCAGGGUUUCACCACGUGUUAAGAAAGAAAGAGAGCAUGGGCAUUUGCUUCAUUGGAGAGAGACAUUUUGAAAACUUCAUUUUAGAGUAUCUGGAGCCUAAACCUGGGAACUUUGUGUCUAUUGAGGACGGGGCUGUGAAAGGAACGCAUAAAGGUUGGUUUACACUGACCCUCGGCCAGAGGGCGAAGAUAGGUGGCCAGAAGGAUGCCUGGUUUGUGGUCGAUAAAGACAUUGUCACCGGCGAUGUGUUUGUGGCUCCGACCACCAAUCACCCGGCUCUCUUCCGUGACACGGUGCGGACCGACCGCUUCCACUGGAUCGCCUCGGACCCGCCCGCGGAGCUGGUCAGGACCCAGAUGAUGGAUUGCCACUUCCGCUUCAUCCACCAGAUGGCGCUCAUUCCCUGCACCGUGACUCUGAACAUGGACGGUUCGGUGUGGAUUUCUCUCUCUCAGCUGGCCAGAGCGCUGACGCCCGGACAGUUUGCAGUUCUCUACAAAGGCGAUGAAUGCCUGGGCAGCGGCAAGAUCAUCCAGCUGGGGCCCAGCGAAUUCACGCUGCAGAAGGGACGCGAAAGGCUAGUGGCGAGCCGACAGCAGAACGACGAGCCGAUCCCCGAUCCAGCCGGCUGAGAUCAGAGAUCAGCGCUCCGAGUGCGGCCAUCUUGGAUCUGCAUGUCUGGUACAUUAGGCAGCACAAGGAAAUGAUUAUAGUGAUUUUACUCAACCUUUCGGUCUCAACUGUGUUUAUUAUACAAGGAUAAAACAGUCGGAGGAAAAGGUUAAGUUUUGCUGCUAGGUGCUUUGAUAAAUCUUCUGUAUCCUAACAUCAAAAUGGAGACUUUAUUGUAAUAAGAUGGUUUACAGAG